GACGACGAGGAAGGCGAGGAGGGGGAGGAGGAGGAGGAGGACGACGAUGGCUCGGAGAUGGAGCUGGACGAGGAUUACCCCGACAUGAACGCCUCGCCCCUGGUGCGCUUCGAACGCUUCGACCGCGAGGACGACCUCAUCAUCGAGUUCGACAACAUGUUCUCCAGCGCCACGGAUAUUCCCCCCUCCCCAGGAAACAUCCCGGCCACCCACCCGCUCAUGGUGCGGCACGCAGACCACGGCUCCCUGACCCUCGGCAGCGGCUCCUCCACCACCCGCCUGGCCCAGGGCAUCGGGCGGAGCCAGCGGACGCUGCGCCAGCUGACGGCCAACACCGGCCACACGAUCCACGUGCACUACCCCGGCACGCGGCAGCCCAACCCCCCCCUCAUCCUGCAGAGGUUGCUGGGUCCCUCGGCCGCAGCCGACAUCCUCCAGCUGAGCAGCAGCCUCCCGCUGCAGAGCCGGGGCCGCGCCCGCCUCCUGGUGGGGAACGACGACGUCCACAUCAUCGCCCGCUCCGACGACGAGCUGCUGGACGACUUCUUCCACGACCAGAGCACGGCCACCAGCCAGGCAGGGACCCUCUCCAGCAUCCCCACCGCCCUGACGCGCUGGACCGAGGAGUGCAAGGUGCUGGACGCGGAGAGCAUGCACGACUGCGUCUCAGUGGUGAAGGUUCCCAUCGUUAACCACCUGGAGGCGCUGCGGGACGAGGAGCUGGAGGAGCGCCGGGAGAAGCGCCGCAAGCAGCUGGCCGAGGAGGAGGCCAAAGCCACGGACAAAGCCAAGGAGGAAAAGGACGGGAAGGAGCAGAGCGCCCAGGGGGCGGUGCCCACACCUAACACCGCCACCGAGCAGAGUCUCUCAGAUGCGGCUGGCCGGACUGACGGUUUCCCUGCCGCCCCGCCCGCUGCCGAGGGCCCCUCCGCCGGCCCCAAGCAGACGCUGGUCACCCUGGAAACCCCACAGCCGGCAGCGGCGGGUGGGGAGCUGCCCCCGGAGCUCGCCGGGCAGCCCAGCACCGAGGCCUCGCGCCAGCUGCUGGUGCCGGCCGAGCAAGAGGACUCGGGGCCGGGUAGGCCCGAUGCCGAUGCGGAGGCCACCCAGAUGGAGCUGUCACCUGCCCCCACCAUCACCUCGCUGUCCCCAGAGAGGGCAGAGGACUCGGAUGCCCUGACGGCCGUUAGCAGCCAGCUGGAGGGCUCGCCCAUGGACACCAGCAGCCUGGCCUCCUGCAGCCUGGAGGAGGGCGUUGGGGAGGGCGCCGUGCCCGGCGGAGCGGAGCAGCCUCCUCCCCACGGUGCCCCCGGGGCUGAGCCAGCCCAGCAGCGCCCCGAGGGCCAGGCCGGCGGCGACAGCCUGGCUGAUGCCAGCCAGCAAGGGGAGGACAGCUCACCCCCUGCUUCGUCCUCCGAGAGCUCCUCUACCAGGGACUCGGCCGUGGCCAUCUCCGGAGCCGACUCCCGGGGCAUCCUGGAGGAGCCGCUGCCCUCCACCAGCAGCGAAGAGGAGGACCCGCUAGCAGGGAUAAACCUCCCCGAGGGUGUGGACCCUUCCUUCCUGGCGGCCCUGCCAGACGACAUCCGGCGUGAGGUGCUGCAGAACCAGCUGGGCAUCCGGCCGCCAGCCCGGCCUCCCCCCACCGCUACCAUCCCCACCCCGCCCGUGGUGAGCAACCCCGGGGUGACAGAGGUCAGCCCCGAGUUCCUGGCUGCCCUGCCCCCCGCCAUCCAGGAGGAGGUGCUGGCGCAGCAGCGGGUGGAGCAGCAGCGGCGGGAGCUGGCGCAGGGCAUCAGCUCGGACACGCCCAUGGACCCGGUGACCUUUAUCCAGACGCUGCCCUCGGACCUGCGGCGCUCGGUGCUGGAGGACAUGGAGGACAGCGUGCUGGCCGUCAUGCCCCCCGACAUCGCCGCCGAGGCCCAGGCCCUGCGCCGCGAGCAGGAGGCCCGGCAGCGCCAGCUCAUGCACGAGCGGCUCUUCGGGCACUCCAGCACCUCGGCCCUGUCGGCCAUCCUGCGCAGCCCGGCCUUCACCAGCCGGCUGAGCGGGAACCGCGGGGUCCAGUACACGCGCCUGGCCGUGCAGAGGGGGGGCACCUUCCACAUGGGCGGUAGCAGCAGCCACAGCAGGCCGUCGGGCAGCACGGUGGACAGCCUCCUGCGGCUGCGGGGCCGGCUGCUGCUGGACCACGAGGCGCUGUCCUGCCUGCUGGUGCUGCUCUUCGUGGACGAGCCCAAGCUGAACACGAGCCGGCUGCACCGGGUGCUGCGCAACCUCUGCUACCACGGCCAGACGCGGGGCUGGGUGAUCCGCAGCCUGCUGUCCAUCCUGCAGCGCAGCAGCGAGAGCGAGCCCUGCCUGGAGACGCCCAAGGGGCCGCCGGACGAGCGGGGCAAGCGGGCCGCCAAGGCCGGGGCCCCCGAGGGCCGCCCCCUGGAGCUGCUGCACAAGAUGGAGGCUCGCAGCUCGGGCCAGCUCUCCUGGCUCUCCGUCUCCAUGGACGCCGCCCUGGGCUGCCGCACCAACAUCUUCCAGAUCCAGCGGGCCGGCGGGCGCAAGCACACGGAGAAGCACGCCGCCGGCACCGCCGCCGGCGCCGCCGUCCACAUCCACCCACAGGCCGCCCCCGUGGUGUGUCGCCACGUGCUGGACACCCUCAUCCAGCUGGCCAAGGUGUUCCCCAGCCACUUCACGCAGCAGCGGCCCAAGGAGACGCCCUGCGAGGGGGAGCGGGGCGCCAGGCAGUCGGGCAGUCCGGGCCAGGCCAGCGGCAUCUCCACCGACUUCUGGGACUUGCUGGUCAAACUGGACAACAUGAACGUGAGCCGCAAGGGCAAGAACUCGGUCAAGUCGGUGCCGGUGAGCGCGGGCGCCGAGGGCGAGAGCUCCCCCUACAGCCUGGAGGCCUCGCCGCUGGGCCAGCUCAUGAACAUGCUCUCGCACCCCGUCAUCCGGCGCAGCUCGCUGCUGACCGAGAAGCUGCUGCGCCUGCUCUCGCUCAUCUCCAUCGCCCUGCCCGAGAACAAGGCGCCCGAGGGGCCGGGCGCCGCCGCCACCCCCGCCCCAACCGCGCCCUCUGCCGGGGCCGCCGCCCCCACCCCCGCCCCCACCGUGCCAG